AUGGGCGCAAUCCACCUCUACCUCGUCCGCCAUGGCGAGUCCGUCGACAACGUCGCGAAUCUAUAUGCAGGAUCUCGCGACGCGCCGUUGACGACUCAUGGUGUCCUGCAAGCCAGGCGCCUGGGUACUCACCUCGCGACGCGAACCGCGUCGGCCUCGGCCAGCAUCACGCACAUCUUCACUUCCAACCUCCAACGCGCUCAUCGCACUGCCGCGGCGGUUCGUGAUGCCGUCGCUGCCUCGCAUCCCUCCAACACGUCGGUGCUACACGGCUUGCAACCGUUGUCGUCCAGGGCGAGAGGGAUCGAGGUUGUGCAGCUUCCCGAACUCCGGGAAAAGCACUUUGGCACAGGCGAGGGGCAGAGGUUCGGCACUCGCUCGCGCUCUGGCUCUGGAAGACCAAGACAUGACGGUGCCGAGACCCAUGAUGCCAUGCGUAUGCGUAUCGAGCGGUUUUUUGACAAUUACCUCAGUCCCAUCUUCGCCUGCGUAGAUGCGGAGUCAGGAGAUGGUGUUGAGAGCAUUGUUGUUGUUGCUCACGGUAUCAUCCUGGGCGUAUUGGCGAGGGUUCUCCAUGCCCCUGGGAACUUUGCUCUGGUGUCCGCUCAAGAGGACCAGUUGCAAAUGUCGUGGAGCAACUCAGGUUACGUCGAGAUGCACAUCAUGACCACGCCAGCUCCUGCGAUCGCAUGGAAAGAUGCGGCGCUGACUGCCAAAUGGCCCGGUCUAUCGCUCAAGAUUGUGGCGGUCAACUGCACCGAACACCUCAAGGGGCUCAAGAAGACCCGUGGUGGCAUCGGAAGCGCAAAGUUCGACGAGAAGCAGAGGCAGCUUAGUUCGUACUUCGCGACUACGUCUAAGAAGCGCAAACACGAGACCUGA